AUGCACGAGUACGCCUUGCACGGCCCUUUAUCAUUGAAGAUGCAGGCCGCGGCAUUGACCUGGUUGGUGCAAGCUGCCAGCACUUCCACAAGCGGUUUCCAAGAGCGCAGAUGCGGGCCGAGUAUACUGGUGGCGAGGAUGACGACAGGUAGGAGUUUCUAA